UAAAUAAAGGGCGUGAGAGGCGGCGGCGGCCGGGGAGCAGGGAGGGGGACGAGGAAGGUGGAAGAGUUCCAGAAAGGGUGACACUGUGCUGCAUGGUAAAGACGAGGAAUGGAGAAGCUGCUCACCUCUCUGGUUCUGCUCCUGGUCCCGGCGGCGUCAGGUCAGUUUCUGGUACACGCUCCAGUUAAAGAGUUGGUGGCAGAGGUGGGAUCGGACAUUCUCUUGCCAUGUAUCCUCACCCCAAGGCUGGCCGAAGCUGGGCUGGAAGUGCGAUGGUUCCACAAACUCUUUACCAAUAUAGUCUUUUUGUUAAAAGAUGGAACCGAGGGUCGGCAGCAACAGAGCCCACGUUACCGGGGCCGGGCAUCCAUGAACGAGAGGUCCACCACUGGGAAUUUAUCACUUUUUCUACAUAAUGUCCAACUUUCCGAUUCUGGGAAAUAUCACUGCUUGGUGGAGAACAGCACAACUAAGGUCUACGAAGAUGACUCCAUGGAGCUCCAUGUUGUGGGGUCGGGGUCUCCACCGCUUGUAGCUGUUGCUCUUCAGGGCAGCUCCGUGGUCAUCUCCUGUUCCUCUGAUGGUUGGUUUCCAAGACCCACAAUGUUCUGGAAGAUGGAAAAUGGAGUCCUCCUCAAACCAAGUGAUCCAGAGAAUGACACAGACAACACCGAACUGAUCCGCGUGAAGAGCCGUAUGCUUCUGAACCACUCCUCAGAGGGACGGGUCUACUGUGGCUUCAGACAUCCCGUGACUGCGAGAGAGAUUGGAUCAUAUGUGACAGUCUCAGAUGAAAUGUUUCCGCGAACCUCACCCUGGGCGAUUGUCUUCUGGUUACUCCUGAUAGUCACCAUCACUCUUUCUGCUGGGAUGGCUUGGUUUUUCUACUCGAGAAAAAGGAAUCACGAGAUGCAGCUCAAGGAAAAGGACAACUGUAUCGAGCGACUGAGAUGGGAAGUUGAAUGGAGAACAAUAUCCACCAGGAAAGAAUCCAUUUUGUUUGAUCCACUCACCGCUUACCAUGGUCUCAUGGUCUCUCCGGAUGGUCGCCACAUCUCAUCUAGUGAAAAUGCUCAAGACGUUCCCCAAAACGAUGCAAGGUUUGACACGGAGCCCUGUGUACUUGGUCAAACCUCAUUCCAGCAUGGCACUCACUACUGGGAGACAGAGAUCAGUGAGAACAAUGGAAGGUUUUGGGCUAUUGGGGUGGCUAUCGAAACAGUGAGGAGGACAGGAGGGCAACGAGAGUGUCCAGAAGCUGGGAUAUGGGCUAUCAGAGGAACACCAGAAGGUUACUAUGCACUUUCUACACCUCCUGAGACUAUUAUUCUACGUUCUCACUCAUCAAGGCCAUGUGGACCUGGUUUACUGAAUGGCCAAGGAAUACAUGGACCUAGACGACUACAGAGAGUUGGAACACUUCUAGACUAUGAGAGAGGGAAGGUUUCAUUUUAUGAUGUGGACACUUAUGAGCCCCUCUACAUCUUUGAAGAGAGAUUUUCCCACCCUGUCUAUCCAUUUUAUUAUGUCGGUCCAGGAAUCUCUUUUUCACUUUUGAAUGAGAGUCCAAGGAUCUAAGGUGAGUCUGCGCUGGUCUUAAAUCUAGUGGUGGCAGCACCCUCAAUGGCCAAGGUCUACAGGCCAAAGCUUUGUCUCAGUGACACAGAUUGUGAAAAAGAACAGGGAAUACAUAAUCGGUGCUCACUCAAUAUUGUGUGUUCUUAUCUGCUGAGUCAACAUACACAGCAGAGCAGUGACAUAAGGUUUCAGCAAGCUGAGAUAAGGAUCAUUUUUACCAGGUUCAACAAUUGUGAAUGGAAAACGAUCAUUCCCGAACAUUGUUCAAUAUAAACAUGCAAACACCUAGCAGGGGAUGUGGUGCCGACAAUAUGCAAACUGAAUGCAGGAUGAAGGAUCGUAGUAACGAUCGUUCAUCCCCCAUUCUCUGAGUAUCGAGCUGUGAAACACUUGCAUUAGAUAAUUGUUUGUACUGUGCAUUACUCCUAAUAUAAUUUCAUAAUUUCCUGCACCACUAUAUUAUUCCCUGGAAACGCUCCAGCAGGUUCUUAAAGGGGUUAUGCCAUGGUUGAUGUAAAGAAUGAAAAUCAGACAUCACAUAGGACAUGACAGUCUUUUCUUUACAAAGCUAGAACCAGCCCUGUGCCUCACAUGGAACCAGCGAUCGCCCUAUUCAUUGCUCCAAUUGCUCUGCUAGAUUUAUUUCAGACUGGCAGCUCAGGGGACGAGUCCCAACUCAGGGGUGUGUCAUAUCUGCUGUAGCAGUUACAGGCCAAGAGCUACAGCAGAUAUGACACACCCCUGAGUUGGGACUCGUCCCCUGAGCUGCCAGCCUGAAAUAAAUCUAGCAGAGCAAUUGGAGCAAUGAAUAGGGCGAUCGCUGGUUCCAUGGCUUCCAAUGGCUUUUAACAGGACAUAUGGCUGGUGGCAAUUGAAGAUUUAAACUGAACGUGUGCGGUGGACAAAUAAUAAGGAAAAGAACAACC